AUGGGAGUUUUAGUUAUAUCGGCUCUCGUGCUGCAUCUCCUAGCGUUUUCCGUUUGCGUUCAAGGCGUCUACCGUCGUGGCGGACACCAUCCCGGAGGCCGCAUGGGACCUUGGACCAACGCUCAUGCCACUUUCUACGGCGGCGGGGAUGCUUCCGGCACAAUGGGUGGAGCUUGCGGGUACGGGAAUCUGUACAGCCAAGGUUACGGAACGGAGACGGCGGCGCUGAGCGCGGCGUUAUUUGAUGGCGGGCUUACUUGUGGUGCCUGCUUCGAGCUGAUGUGUGUCAAUGAUCCUCAGUGGUGCAUACGAGGCCGGUCCAUUGUGGUCACUGCCACUAACUUUUGUCCUCCUGGUGGCGCUUGCGAUCCUCCUAACCACCAUUUCGAUCUUUCUCAGCCCAUCUACGAGCAUAUCGCACUAUACAAGUCCGGUAUCAUUCCGGUCAUGUACAGAAGGGUUCGGUGCAAGAGAAGCGGCGGGAUAAGGUUCACGAUCAACGGCCACUCAUACUUUAACUUGGUGCUGGUCACAAACGUGGGUGGAGCCGGGGACGUACACUCUGUGUCAAUGAGAGGGUCAAGGUCAAGAUGGCAAUUAAUGUCAAGAAACUGGGGGCAAAACUGGCAAAGCAACUCCUAUCUGAACGGUCAAAGUCUGUCGUUUGUUGUCACUACAAGUGAUCGUCGAAGUGUCGUCUCGUACAACGUCGCGCCUCCCAGUUGGUCCUUUGGCCAGACCUACGUCGGAGGGCAGUUUCGGUAUUAA